CCUCUGCCGGGUCGCGCCGGAGGACAGGCUUCGGGCGGCGGCUUGGGCGGCCUGCGGACCGACCGGGUGGGUCGAGCGGCGGAACCCCGCGCCUGCCGUCUGCCUAGCCCGCUAGUGCGGGGCGCGCGCCAUGGCCGCCUCGCCCGGCUCGGGCAGCGCCAACCCGCGGAAGUUCAGUGAGAAGAUCGCGCUGCACACGCAGCGGCAGGCCGAGGAGACGCGGGCCUUCGAGCAGCUCAUGACCGACCUCACCCUGUCCCGGGUUCAAUUUCAGAAGCUUCAGCAACUGCGUCUUACCCAGUACCACGGGGGAUCCUUACCGAACGUCAGCCAGCUGCGGGGCAGUGCAGCAGAGUUCCAGCCGUCACUUCAUCAAGCUGAUAAUGUUCGUGGGACCCGCCACCAUGGACUGGUGGAGAGGCCAGCCCGGAACCGCUUCCACCCCCUUCAUCGGAGGUCUGGGGACAAGCCAGGGAGACAGUUCGAUGGAAAUGCUUUUGCAGCCAGUUAUUCUCCGCAGCACCUGGAUGAGAGCUGGCCACGGCAACAGCCUCCUUGGAAAGAAGAGAAGCAUCCUGGGUUCAGGCUAACAUCUGCACUUAACAGGACCAAUUCUGAUUCUGCUCUUCACACGAGUGCUCUGAGUACCAAACCCCAGGACCCCUAUGGAGGAGGAGGCCAGUCAGCCUGGCCUGCCCCAUACAUGGGUUUCUGUGAUGGUGAAAACGACGGCCAUGGGGAAGUAGCAGCCUUCCCGCGUCCGCUGAAAGAAGAGAAUCUGCUAAAUGUCCCGAAGCCACUGCCUAAACAACUGUGGGAGACCCAGGAGAUCCAGUCCCUGUCCGGGCGCCCUCGAUCCUGUGAUGUUGGGGGUGGCAAUGCUUUCCCACACAAUGGCCAGAACACAGGCCUCUCACCGUUCCUGGGGACCCUGAACACCGGAGGGUCGUUACCAGAUCUAACCAACCUCCACUACUCAGCACCCCUGCCAGCCUCCCUGGACACCAGCGACCACCUCUUUGGCAGCAUGAGUGUGGGGAACAGCGUGGGCAACCUUCCAGCUGCCAUGACUCACCUAGGGAUAAGAACCUCCUCUGGUCUCCAGAGUUCUCGAAGUAACCCUUCCAUCCAAGCCACACUCAGUAAGAUGGCACUCUCCUCGUCCCUCAAAUGCCACCCGCAGCCAUCCGUGGCCAACGCCUCUGCUCUGCACCCCUCCAUCCGGCUCUUCUCCCUUAGCAACCCGUCUCUUUCCACCACAAACCUGAGUGGCCCCUCUCGGCGCAGGCAGCCUCCAGUCAGCCCUCUCACGCUCUCUCCUGGCCCUGAAGCACAUCAAGGCUUCAACAGACAGCUGUCUGCAACCAGCCCACUGAACCCGUAUCCUGCCUCCCAGAUGCUGACCUCAGAGCAGAGCCCACUUUCCUUCCUGCCCACAGACACUCAAGCCCAAGUAUCCCCACCACCCCCUUACCCCACACCCCAGGAACUGCCUCAGCCACUCCUACAGCAGCCCCAUGCCCAGGAGCCCCCAGCUCAACAGCCCCAGGCAGCCCCCUCCCUGCCACAGUCAGACUUCCAGCUCCUCACUGCCCAGGGCUCAGCUCUGACCAGCUUCUUCCCAGAUGUGGGCUUUGACCAACAGCCCGUGAGGCCCAGCCCUGCCUUUCCUCAGCAGGUGCCUUUGGUACAGCAGAGCCACCGAGAACCACAGGACUCAUUCCACUUGAGACCAAACCCAUAUUCCAGCUGUGGCAGCUUCCCGAGCACCAUCCUGACAGAAGAUACAAACACCAGCCUGUUCAAAGGCCUUAGUGGGGGGCUGUCGGGCAUGCCUGAGGUCAGCCUGGACAUGGACACUCCGUUCCCACUGGAAGAGGAGCUGCAGAUCGAACCCUUGAGCCUCGAUGGACUCAACAUGCUAAGUGACUCCGGCAUGGGCCUGCUGGACCCCUCUGUGGAGGAGACGUUUCGAGCUGACCGGCUAUGAGCAUAAUGCAGUGGAUGGGGAACUGAAAUGGCCAGAGAAAGCUGGGGUGGAGCCAGCAAACACCCUGCCAGUGGUCACAGCAUAGAGGGAGCCCCGCUGCCCCGGGCUCUCCACUGAGGUCCCAGCUCAGCCGAGGCUUUGCUAGACACAGCUGCACUCUCCGUCCCGUAGCACCAGUUGUGCUGCAGGCCAGCUGCUUUGGAGCUUCCGGUGACCAGGAAGCUCACAAUGUCACCCUUAAUUCUUUUUAUUGGCCAUCCAGUCAGUGAGUGUAUAAAUGUAGAAAAUGCUGUGUAAAUGUUGGUGCUUCAGACCUCAGACGCCAUCAGCACUGAAGACAGAACGCUAUCGGAAGCAAUUGGGGGCCUCGGCCCGUGGAGUUGGCUCAGUGUCACACAACGGUACCAGAGCACCAUGAUGCCUUUCUGUCUGACCGCCAAGGCCAGGCACCCCUCCAGCUGGCGGGUAUUCUGGGCCCAGCCAUUGCUCUAUCCGAUGGCUUACUUAAAAUGAAGAAGCUUAACCAGCUGUCCCAGGGCAGGCUGAAGUUAGGCAAACUGAGGGCGGUUUGCGACCUCUUUGCCGCUGCUUCCUCAUAGACCUUUGCACCUUUUCCUCACAGACAGGAGGAGGACAGCGCUCCUAGGAGACAGGAGGAGAAAAGGGAGGCUACAGGUGUGUCACCUGCACAAGAUGCCCCCCUCUUAGGCCUGUCACCCUCCAGCCCACGGGAAGGAGCUGCUGGAACUCCAGUUAGUGCAGGGCAGCUGAACUGCCCUUCUCCUCCCCAGCUGCCCUGCAGACCUCAAGUUUAAUGCAAUUCCCACUAGGCUGUAAGCUCCCGAGGGCAGGAACUGUGCCUUGUUCUAUAUUGACCCCAAGUGCCCACCAAGUGCCUGGUAGGAGUGCAUGUACCCAGGGAUGGAGGGGAGAGGGGCUGUGCCUCAUGGUGGGGCAGUCUAACCUGCAGCUCUCUCUGUCCCCUGCCUUAGCUCAGAGCUUUACCUUUCAGACUCACUUGAGUGUGCCUUAACACUAGGUGACCAGACCUGUCAGACCUGUCACUAGGCUCAGCGCCGCUCCUCCUUGGGAAUAUGUCCCUCAGCAGUUAGGUGGACAUCAUCCAGUGAGUGCAUCCAGAAUGACUGAGCACACCAAACCCCAGGAGUGUGGGGCACCUGGCAUCCAGACUGGGUCCCCACAGCAAAAUCUUCCACUCAGACCCGUGCUUUUUUUUUUUUUUUUUUUUUCUAAAUUGCUUAAAUUAGAGGUGCAAACUCUGAGGUUAAGAAAUAAGGCCUGAUUCAUGGGAUUCUUGUUAUUCAUUAACACCUUAUCACACAGUAAUAAGUAAUAAUAAUAAGUAAUUUGAGCAGAUCCUACCACCACCUGCCUCCCAGCCCCAAAUGGGGAAAGUGAUGUCCACCCAGCACAGGGGGAGGAGCCAGGUGGGGAAGAGGAGGACCCUAGAGGAGAAUCUUUGCAUGCCACCUGCUGCCCUUCCUGUGACAUAGGCUGGAGCUGAGGCUCGGUGGCUAUCCCCACCCUGGAGAGCAAGGGUGGAGUAGAAGGAAGCUCAUCCAUCUGUGCCUAAGGCAAAGGAGCCUGGGGACCAGAAACUGGCUCCUCUAGCUCCCCACACCAUGGCUCUUCAGACACCAUGGCUCUUCAGACAGCCAGGUGGAGCUGUGCUGCCCCUUCCCUGAGGACCCAAGAAUCCACACUCCCAUGUACCCCAAUCUCUGCUGUUUAAUUGGGAAACCAAAUUAGAACCCUCUUUCCCUGCCCAUGCCACUGGCCUCGGCCUGGUCCUGAGAUCCCAGAGCACCCGGGGUGACUUUAGUUACAGUGGGAGCUUUUCACUCCUCUGAGCUGCCCAGCGCCCCAGUAGACCCACACAAGCCUGCUCCCAUGUCUGCCUUCAGGCAGAGAUGGAUGCUGACAUAAAAGUUGAGAGAAAGGGGUUCCCAGCACAAUCUGCAUCAAGCCUGAUCCAUGGGGUCAUCGCGUCGGUGAUGCCCACAUGGCACACAGGGAAGAGGCAGGUAUGAGGUGACAGGGUCAGAAGGAGGACCCUGAAGGAGAGUCCCUGCUUGGACAGCUGCUGUCCUUUGGUGGGGGCGUAACAGGAGAUCUCACCACCUCAUAUCCUACACUGCCCUGUUCUGAGGCUUUCUCAAGCUGAUGGGCAAGCACUGGCUGGGGGUGGAAGUUGAAAAAAAAAAAAAAAAGAAAACCCAAAAAACAAAAAAAGACAAUGUAGCACUGAAUUAAAUCUGCCGCAGGCCCAUCAGCCUGAUCUUUUCAUAUGCGUAGCUUUAAGCCACUGGAGAGCCCACCGGUCUACAGGAUGUUGAGUACAGCAGGAGACUGCGUUGCCCUGCUGCCCUGUCACAGCCGUGUGAGCCUGUACUUGAUGCUGCCUUUGUGACUAGCCUGUCUUAGGCGUCAGCAUUGAAGUGGCUCCCAGCUUCCCCAGACCUCUCUUCAGUGUCUUUUCUCUGUCCCACCAGCCGCCCUUCCCCAGCAUCACAGGGUCAUGGGUUUUAGCACGUGAGUGUGAGGAGAAGUGUUCCGAUUGAUCGAUCAGUCGAUCAAUCGUGUCAGGAUCAGCUCUCCUUCGCCCUGCUCCCUUCCCCCAAGUCUACUGUAUAUUAUCUGGGCCGAGAGGUCGUGUAUUCAUGCGCGUGCACAUAUCUGAAGACAUUUCCUGUUGGGCUCUUCUGAUUUAUGCACAGAUGGUUCCCAGUGUUUCUACUGCUCCAGAACGGGGCCAUCCCAGCAGCUAGUCAGACUUCCGGCCAGUGUCCUAACUCCCGGCCUUUUGUUAAGCAAUAUUGAAAGAUCGGACUUUGUAUAAAGUAGCUUCCAAGUUUUAUAAUGCAUCAUUUUACAUCUUUCAUAAUUAAAAGCAGCACAAUAUGGUUGUA